AUGAGCCGUACGUGCAAAAACUGCGGGAGUUCCGAUGUGGACGUGGACCAUGCGCGCGGAGACGCCGUCUGCAUGGCCUGCGGGUCAGUGCUGGAGGACAACAUCAUCGUUUCCGAGGUGGAGUUUGUGGAGACUGGAGGAGGUGGAUCGCUUGCCGUCGGACAGUUUGUCUCCUCAGAAGGGGGUCCCAAACAUCCGUCGUUCGGGGAAAGUCAUCUGGCCAACACGGGACGAGAGUCGCGAGCUCAGACGCUGCAUAGAGCCAAGCAGCACAUCAGUGUGCUGGGCCACCAGCUUCAGCUCAAUCAGCACUGCCUGGACACGGCCUUCAACUUUUACAAGAUGGCGUUAGCCAAGCAUCUGACGUGCGGACGCAAGUCUGCUCACAUCAUGGCUGCUUGCAUCUACCUGGUGUGUCGCACAGAGGGAACGCCGCACAUGUUGUUGGACCUCAGUGACAUCCUUCAGGUCAACGUGUAUACUUUGGGAAAAACCUUCCUGGCACUCUCCAAAGAGCUUUGCAUCAAAGCUCCCGCUAUAGACCCGUGCCUCUACAUACCGCGCUUCACCCAGUUGCUGGAGUUCGGCGACAAGAACCACGAGGUGUCUAUGACGGCAUUGCGCCUGGUCCAGAGGAUGAAGAGAGACUGGAUGCACACUGGACGAAGACCAUCCGGACUCUGUGGGGCAGCUCUGCUGGUGGCCGCCCGCAUGCACGAAUUCCGCCGCACGCCCAAAGAAAUCAUUGACGUGGUCAAAGUGUGCGAGAACACACUGAAAAAAAGACUGAAUGAGUUUACAGACACACCCACCAGCCUUCUGACGGUGGAGGAAUUCAUGAAGGUGGACUUGGACAAGGAGUGUGAUCCUCCCUGCUUCACAGCCGGACUGCUCAAGAAGCGCCAGGAACAGCUGGAGGUGGAAUUGAAGAAGAAGAUGGAUGACCUGGAAGGUGAGAUCGAAGGUUACCAGGACCAAAUCGACGCCGAGCUGGAAAGCAGCCGACCCAAACUGCGAGGAGUUUACGCGGCCUACGCCAAACAAGACUUGCAGAAACACCUGGACGAAGCUACAGGCAUGUCCUCAACGGUGGAAGAAAUAAGUGAAAAAGAGCUGGAGGAAGAGGAAGACAUUCUGAAGGCGGUGGCUAAACACUUUGGCAAAGAUGUGGCUGAGCUCACCCUAGAGAAGCUCAUCGAGCUGGAGACGAAGGGGGACACCGCAGAAAACCACCAGCAGGAAUCGCAGAGGAAAGGACCCACUCUUGCGUCCAUCUUGGGGACCGGGCUGCCAACUGCGGCUACGUUAGGCCUCGACCAAGCCGUCGAAAGCAGUGCCAAAGGGGAACAAGAUGGCGAUGAUUCAAAUCAAGGUGGCGAGUUGGACCUGAGCGGCAUUGAUGAUAGCGAAAUUGAGCUGUACCUGCUGAAUGAAAAGGAGGUCCAGGUGAAGACUGCUCUCUGGAUGGCUGAGAACUCAGACUACCUCAAAGAACAGAAAGAAAAGGAAGCCAAAAUCGCUAAAGAAAAGGAGCUGGGCACCUACAAGGAAAAGAGGAAGCGAACGGGGCCUCGUCGACGAGCGGCUACCUGGGGCCACACGGCCGACGAGGCCAUCGAAAAGAUGCUGGAGAAGAAGAAGAUCUCUACUAAAAUCAACUACGAUGUGCUCAAAGACCUCAACGUCAAGCCUGCCGCCAGCCCUGCUCGCGAGGGCCGCGAAGGACCCGGCUCGCCUGCGUCUGCCGGCAGGCCUGGCGGACGCUGCCAAAGGCCGGGACGGGCACCGCUCAACCUCAGCACGCCGCUCAGCUCCCUGGGAAAAAGGUUGCAGCCGUUUGUGACCGGGCAGCCCAAAAAGAAGAUGGCCGUGCAGCAGCCCGACGGCCCAGCCCCCGUAGCUGUGGCGGAGCCCCCGGCCGUGUUGGUGGAGAGCGGUCCGGUGGUCUACGACGACGCGGUUGAGGAAGAUGAGGAGGAAGAAGAGGAAACCUGUGUAAGCGCCAUGGCACUGAUGGGCAACCAAGAUUACGGCUGCGAUGAUUUCGACGAUGGCUUCUAG